AUGGAGAAGCAUAUUGACCUCCAGUCAUUCGAUGGCGACAUCUUGCGGAACCGGGGCAAGGACUCAAUUUCAGAUGCCAAAGGCCAAGAAUUCGAUCGUGAUCGAUAUGAGCUGGCAAGAGUGGGCAAGGAGCAGGUGUUGAAGCGUCGCUUUGGCCUCGUGUCAAUGACUGGUCUUUCUUGCGGUUUGAUGUGCACAUGGGAGAGUCUGCUUGUCAUCUUUGCUACCGGCUUCCAGAAUGGCGGACCUGCUGGUCUCAUAUACGGGUUCAUACUCAUCUGGCUUGGCAACUUCUCCGUCUUCAUCUGCAUUGGCGAGCUAGCUAGCGCUGUACCUACUGCAGGAGGUCAAUAUCACUGGGUGUCCCUGCUUGCACCACGGUCGAACAAGCGUUUCUUCAGUUACAUCACUGGUACGUUGACUUCCUGCUGUUUCCAAAUCGUCUUCAAGUUUCCCACUGACCAAUACGCGUAGGGUGGCUGACCGUCAUUGGUUGGAUAGCAGCUCUCACAUCAGUGUGCUUCUUCGUUGCCGAUUUGGUCCUGCAGUUGGCGAGUCUGAAUGCGGGUGAUGCCUACGUACGAGAGAACUGGCACGCCACACUGCUCCUAUGGGCUGUACUGAUGCUUUGUGUCUUCAUCAACGUGUUUGUCAGUGGGGCCCUCCCAACCAUCGAAGUGAUUGUCCUGAUCGUCCACGUUCUGGGCUUUUUCGGAAUCUUGGUACCUUUGGUGUAUCUCACACCUGCACACAACUCUGCUAAGGACAUUUUCACCACCUUUCACAACAAAGGUGAGUGGCCAACUCAAGCACUGGCUUUUUUUGUUGGUCUGCAGGGUAACGCGCUUGCCUUUGUCGGAACCGAUUCCGUUGUGCACGUAAGUCAACCCACCUUGGACACUCGAUGCUUGUCUGAUCUUUUUAGAUGUCAGAGGAGGUCAGAAACGCCAGUACCGACGUUCCACGCUCAAUGCUCAUGAGCCUUGGCAUCAACGGAACGCUCGCUGUGGGAUUGCUCCUCGCUGUUCUCUUCAGUGCAACUGACAUUGAAACGCUGCUUACCGAUAUCUCACCGCUGUCUCCCUUCAUCCGCAUCUUCCGCAGCGCUGUAGGUUCAACAGCUGGUGCUACUAUCAUGGUUAGCAUCAUAAUUGCGCUUGAGUUCUGCAGUGCGAUGGGCUGCUUGGCUGCGGCAUCUCGUAUGACUUGGUCUUUUGCACGUGACAGAGGCCUUCCUUUCUCUCGUGCCCUUAGCAUGGUAAGUCUCAAAGGACAUCCGGAGAAUAGAUCACUGACUUGUGUAGAUCGACAAGCGUACCACGAUCCCUGUAGUCGCUAUUCUCGUCGUCACAGUUCUCUCCGCCCUUCUGUCUCUAAUCAACAUAGGAAACAGUGCUGCCUUCAAUGGCACAAUUUCUCUAGUCCUUGAGGGUUUUUAUAUCUCGUACCUACUCGCCAUUGGCCUGCUGUUCUGGCGUCGUGUGCGUGGCGAUCUUGACAGCCAGAAUGCGGAGCUAGCAAUCUUCAAUUCGUCCCCUCACCACGACGAAGCGUACGAUCGCAGCUUGACAUGGGGACCCUGGCGUCUGAAGGGUGCGCUUGGUGUCGCUAACAAUGCAGUUGCGAUCUGUUACCUGCUGCUCAUCAUCUUCUUCAGCUUCUGGCCGACACAUGUGAGCCCGACGCCUGACAUGAUGAACUGGGCCGUGGUCGUCACUGGCGGCGUUGCGACAUUCUCCGUUGUGUACUACAUGAUUUUCGCGAGAAAUAGUUACACGGGGCCUAUUGUCGAGAUUGACCCACACGUCCUGUAA